AUGCCUUGGCUUGGCCUUCAGUUUGAGGCUUUGGCAAUUGAUAAGUAUCUCAUGAGAGUUUCUCACAUUGAAGCAAGGAGUGAGCAGUAUGAUAUGUACAUGCAGUUAGAUGUGAAUAUAGAGAUAUAUCGUAUGCAUGUUGGGGAGAAGUUCAUGAUGGUAUUAGCUUCCAUUCUAAAUUUGGAUGGAACACCCGACUCUGAUUAUUAUACUCAGGUAGUCUUAUUAGUGCUGCAAUUUGUCCUAUAUGCCUUGUUGUAA